AUGUUGCUUUGGGGAGAAGUGGCAUGGGUCCCCAACAAGCAAUACUCUGAGAUAUAUGGUCUGAUGAAGCUGACUCUGACCAAAGCGCUGCUCACCGAUAUUGGUAAGGCCAUCGUCUUGGACACAGACAUCACUUUCGCUACAGCUAUGUCCGAGUUGUGGGCCGUCUUCAGGAAGUUUUCUGGCAAGCAGGCCAUCAGACUGGUCAAGAGCGAAAGUUACUGGUACUUGGGAAACCUGUGGAAGAAUCACAAGCAAUGGCUCAUCCUGCUGAUGUUGGAUCAAUUGCAUGGGAUUGGCUGCGAGCAGAUGUGGAGACUGAUUGAAGAGACGGAGCUCAUGAGCAUGCUGCUCACAUCACUGGCUUACCAGGACAUAUUCAAUACAGUGAUAAAACAGAACCCAUUUCUGGUGCACCAGCCGCCCUGCUUCUCCAGUGUCCAGCUGUCUGAUCAUACACACUCUGAACAGUGCUACACUGAGUUGUCUGACGUAAAGACCAGCAUGCCCCAGUGUCACCCCAUGACUGACUGA